CACAUUGUGUUUUCAUCCGGCCCCUCACAUAUAUCGGUGGAAACCGCCCGGUUAUGCGCGUUUGUUUACUUUAGUGUUGGUUUCUGCGAAUAGGAAAUUAUUCCAUCUUCCUGUCUUGAUGGACAGUUUUACGUUGCGCGUGGUUUUGUGUGUGUCAGCUCUCUGUGUGUGGAGCUCGGCAGCGCGUGGACGCAGUGAUGUGCUCGAGCUCAAAGACGCAGACUUCGAUUACAUCGCGCCCGAGCACGAGACCCUGCUGGUGAAGUUUUAUGCCCCAUGGUGUGGUCACUGUAAGAAACUUGCUCCGGAGUUUGAAACUGCUGCUACAAGAAUAAAGGGAACAGUAACUUUAGCCAAGGUGGAUUGCACUGCUAAUACAGAGAUCUGCAAGCGCUAUGGGGUCACUGGAUACCCAACACUCAAAAUAUUUCGGAACGGACAGGAAUCUUCCUCAUAUGAUGGGCCGCGCUCAGCUGAGGGAAUCGUGAACUAUAUGAAGAAACAGGCCGGACCCGAUUCUGUGCCUCUGCAUAGUGAGCAUGACCUGGAGAACUUCAUCAACCACUUUGAUGCCAGCAUAGUUGGAUUUUUCUCAGGGACUGACAGUUCUCAGCUCUCUGAGUUUUUUAAAGGAGCCAGUUUAAUGAGGGAGAGUUUCCGCUUUGCUCACACCACAGAUCUAGAGCUGGGAAAGAAAUACGACGUCAAAUAUGAGUCUGUGCUUCUGUUCCGCCCCCCCAGACUGAGCAGUAAGUUUGAGGAGAGUGUGGUUCACCACACGGGGUCCCUGUCCAUCACAGGCCUGCGCCGCUUCAUCAGAGACAACAUUUUUGGACUCUGUCCUCACCUGACCAAAGAGAACAAAGAUUCACUGAGGAAGAGGGAUUUACUGACGGCCUUCUAUGACUUGGAUUAUCUUCACAACCCCAAAGGCUCCAACUACUGGAGAAACAGAGUGCUGAAGGUGGCGUCGAAGUUCAGUUCUCAGGGCCUGUUGUUUUCGGUGGCGAACCGUAAUGACUUUCUGGAGGAGCUGGAGGAUGAGUUCGGUCUGGGCACGUCAGACUCAACUGAGCUGCCGUUUGUCACCAUCAGGACACGAACAGGAAACAAAUACACCAUGAGAGAGGAGUUCACACGAGAUGGCAAGUCUUUAGAAAACUUUCUAGAAGAUUAUUUUUCUGGCCGACUGAAGCGUUACGUCAAAUCAGAGCCUGUGCCUGCCAAAAACAGUGCAGCUGUCAAGGUGGUUGUGGCAGAUACGUUUGAGGAGAUCGUCAAUGACCCAGAGAAAGACGUGCUUAUUGAGUUUUAUGCUCCGUGGUGUGGCCAGUGUAAAAAACUGGAGCCCAAAUAUACAGAGCUUGGAGAACGGCUAUACAGUGAUCCUAGUAUUGUAAUCGCCAAGAUGGAUGCAACUGCCAAUGAUAUCCCACAGGGCUAUGACGUGCAAGGGUUUCCUACAAUAUACUUCGCUGCUGCUGGCCGGAAAGAUGAGCCAAAGCGAUAUGAGGGAGCCCGUGAAGUGAAGGAUUUCAUCAACUUCCUUAAGCGUGAGGCAUCCAAACCUCUUGUUCUGAAUGGAGUCAAGGAAGAGCUGUAAACGUUAAAGGAGGAGAUUGCUGUAUGUUGAGUUAUGCAGGAAGAGUGAAGAAUCCUGUAGGAUCCUGCUGCAGUUCAGCCAUAUAUAUCACCAUAUCAAAUAAAUCGGCUGCAAUCAAGAACAUAAAACCAAUUGUAAUUAUACAGAGAUCCAGGGCCUCAUUUAUAAAAUGUUUUGCAGAAACCAUCUUAAAUUUGAUCUUACGGUUAUCUCACAAAUAUGCAUGCAUGUGAUAUAUAGAAAGAAUGUAUGCACAGAAAACGCACAUAUGCCUCUUUUUCAGAUGUGAAAUCUAUGAAUUGCAAGUGAACUUAAACUGAAUGGUUUCAGCUCUCUGCCUUGUAAACAACUCCUAAUUAAUAUCAUUAACAUAUGAAAGAUCACCAGUCAUCAUCCAAAUGCUUUAAUUUAGAAUGGCGAGCUGCAAGAACAGCUUUCAUUUCCAAAAACCUGCAGUUCUCGAACAAGAAAGUGAGUACGUCAUAUCUGUACAUACGCACUUUAUAAAUGAGGCCCCCAAUAUUUAUAUUGUCCACAUGAUAGAAAAUAGUGCAGAUUGCUGCUUAUGUUGAGUCCUGUUUUGUUGUUUAAUCAUUUUGUUAUUUGUUGCAUGAGCUUCAUUGAUCUGUUCUUUACUGUUUAUUCUUAAUAUGUUCGUUUGUACAUCUCUGUACACUAGUUAUCAUUGUUGUUCAACAUACGUUUACAAAAAUACCAAUAUCCAUGCCCUGUGUGGAUGGUAAAACUAAUCUGAUUUCAUGCAGUAGAUGCACAGUAACUGGUUUCAAGCAGUUUGUGGUGUAUCAGCAUCAAGAGGUAUUAUUAAUGUUUGCAAAAUGGAAAAGCAUUUUUUAACCCAAAGUCUGUUAUGACACAGGUUGAACAACUGGUUAUGUAAUGUUUAUUUAUUGACUAUUUAUAGAGUUUGGGUGUGAAAUGGAUGCGGUUUAUAUGGUGAAUGUUGACCUGUUAGUUUUUUUCUGUGUAUCUAUGCCUUAAGGUUUAGUAUGUAGGUGGUUUGUUUGACAUCUAACUGAAGCUCUGCUCAGCAAGAGAUACUCACUGAUGAGCAGAAAAUGCUGGUUUAUUAAAAUAACUACUUUUGGUCA